AUGUUUGGUUUCUUGUUCCGUCGAUGGCGAAAAGCUUCCAAAUGUAAGAAAUUGUUGCAGCAGCUUCAGUCUCGUCUUAAGCUACUCAAGAACAAGAAAUACGCAAUUUCAAGACAUUUACGUCACGACAUUGCUCUCUUCAUCCGAAUCAAUGACCACACACGAGCUCGCCUUCGCACCAAACAGCUCUUCCUCGUCGAAAACUCGAUUUCAAUCUACGAUUUGUUGCUUCAUUUCUCUGAUUUUAUCCUUCUCCAUUUCUCCUCCAUUAGAAAACACAGAGAAUUGCUUAAUGACGAGAUUAACGAAGCAGUUUCGAGUCUUGUGUUUGCCUCUGCGAGGUGUGGAGAAUUACCUGAGCUAAUUAGCAUCAGAGAGCUCUUUGUUCAACGUUACGGUCUAAACUAUGUAACAAAAGCUCUUCAGCUUCUCCAAGGAAACUUUGUUAACUUCCAGAUCAAAGAGAAACUGUCGGUAACUUCGGUAUCUGAGGAUUCACAGUCCAAAUUUUUGGAUGAAAUAGCAAAUGAAACUGGUCUCCGUUUAGAAAUGUUAAGGCUGGAAUAUACACCUGAAAUUGAGAAACAGGUAAAUGAAGAGGAAGAGAAGAAAAAGAUGUAUUCGGAUUUAAAUACUUGCUCUGAUGAUGAGCCACCGGAAGUGUAUAAAUUUAGUCUCACGGAUGUGGAAGAAGAGAAGAGCAAAGAAGAGAUAUCAAUGGAGGAUGAUCAUAUAGAGGAGACACAAGUGGGAAGAGAUCAGAGAGUAUUCAGAUUCAGAGAAAGUAGUGAAGAUGAGAGAUCAUCAUUAUUAUCAUCAUCAUCAUUAUCACCAAGAGGGUUUAAGGACAUGGAAAGUUUAAGGUACUAUAAGAGGCAAAAAAGGAUUGGUCGAAAGAGAAGAUCUUCACCAAAUUGUUACCAUAUUGUAUACAAUGUGUUCAGAGUGAAGAAUGAAGAAGAAGAAGAAGAAGUAAGAAGAAGAUUAUUACCAAAACAUGUUCAUCCUAAGCUUCCUGAUUACGACCAAAUUGCUGCUCAGUUUAAAGCCCUUAGGACAAAACAACAUGUGCAUGCUUAA